AUGGAGCGUUUGAGCCAUCUUGUGAAGGCUGCGGUGAACGCCGGAACGUGGAAAACCAUCCGGAUCUCGGCUAAUGGGCCGGCUCUCUCACACCUAUUUUUUGCAGAUGAUCUGAUAUUGUUUGGCGAGUCAUCAAUGCAGCAGGUUUCAACUAUUAUGCAGUGCUUGGAUGAUUUUAGUGCAGCCUCGGGACAGCAAGUCAGCAAGCCAAAGUCACGUGUGUUCUUCUCGAAGAACAUUACGGAUGCUCAAGGGGCGGAAAUCUCUGCUGGUUUGGGGAUCCCAGAAACGAAGAACCUGGGACGUUAUCUUGGUGUCCCGGUUAUUCACGACCGGGUCUCAAAAGCAACUUUCAUUGAUCUUAUUGAUAGAGUGGAUUCCCGCCUUGCAGGUUGA